CGCGUCGCUUCUCCCGCCCGCGAUGCGCUUCCGAGCCAAGAUCUCGGACGUGGGCUGCCUGGCGCACUUCAGCCGCGCGGUGUCGACGGUGGCCAAGCUGGCCAAGGCGUGCGCGCUCCGCCUGACUUGCGACCAGCUGAUCUUCAUCGCGGGCGCCCGAGGGGCCGUGGGGGGCGCCCGCCUGUGGUGCGAGGUCCGCCAGGGGAAGGUCUUCGAUGAGUUCCAGAUGGAGGGAGUAGCCGCAGAGAAAAAUGAAAUUUAUCUAGAGGUGACACCUGAAAACUUAUCCAGAGCCUUAAAAACAGCGCAGAAUGCGAAGGCAGUGAAGAUCAAGUUGACGAACAAGCACUGCCCUUGCCUCACAGUAGCCGUAGAAUUGCCUUCUUUAUCCAGCACUAGCCGUGUCGUGACUCACGACAUUCCUGUGGGUAUUAUCCCAAGAAAGCUGUGGAAUGACUUCAGGGAGCCAAGUGUGCCGGACUUUGAUGUCAGCAUUUAUUUACCAGCGCUGAAGACCAUGAAGAGUGUUGUGGAGAGAAUGAAAAACCUCUGCAAUUCUAUAGUAAUAGAAGCAAAUCUAAAUGGAGAAAUGAACUUGAAAAUAGAAACUGAUCUAGUGUGUGUUACAACCCACUUUAAAGAACUUGGGAAUCCUCCGUGGGUAGGCUCCCAAAACUCUAGUCAAGAGAGAGAUCCCGAGACCAUGGCCGAGGCGCGCAUUGACAUUAAGAGACUUCUCCAACUACUUGCAGGGCAGCAAGUGAAUCCCACGAAAGCACUAUGCAAUAUUGCAAGCCAAAGGAUUGUUCACUUCAUCUUGCUCCACGAAGAUGUUUCCCUUCAAUAUUUCAUUCCAGCCCUUGUAUGAAUUGAAUAGUUGUUCCAGCUCACCUGUUUUCAAUGCUGUAGUGUCACAGAAAGACAGAGAAGAUGGGGUGGGUGACAAGAGUGCUUGUUUAAACCCCUUUUUGUAAUCAGAUUCUGUGCAGAGAACUGUAUAUUUAAUACCUUCUAUUUGGUAAAUAGAAG